UAAUAAUAUUUUAUAUUCUUCGUACAGUUUUCGUUAAAAUAAUUCUUUCUAUCCAGUAGUGCACGAUCAACGAUACAAAGCAGAUAUCAUUAUAGCCACGUCGAGCGAAGAUUAUAAUUAUAAGAGGACAAUGGAGAUUACUAAAGAAGAAAGUUGUUCAUCGUAUCCACCUUGUGUUCCUACCAAUAAAACAUCAAGGUCUGAUGAAUGGAUAUGGCAUUACUUUACAAUAUAUAACGGCGAAUUUAUCAAAUGCAAUAUUUGUUUUGAUGUAUUUAACCACGAUAUAACACACGGUUUAAAGAUGCAUAUGAGAUCACAACAUUCUGCAAUUUAUAAUAACUCAGAAACAAAAUGGACACAUUCUAAAAUAAAUCACAAAUUAAAAUGCCAUUAUUGUGAUAAUUCUUAUGAACCAAUAUAUCGAACUGAUUAUUUGAUAAACCACAUAAAAAAUAGUCAUAAACUUAAUAAAGAAAUAGCAAAUAAACUCCAAACCUGGGUGAUUGAUCAAUUCAUUAUUCCGAAAUGCGAAAUUUGCAAACAAUUUAGUAAAUACCAUGCCUUUAUAUUUAUGAUACAUUUAAAGAAAGUUCAUGAUGUCAUUGUACCUCAAGAAUUCAUACCACAGAGAUUAUCAAUUAGAUUAAAAAAUCUUUUUGAUCCUUGUAAAAAUGUUGAAAACAUUCCAACAUCAACCAGCAAUAAUCAUCAGCAGCCAUCUAUAAUUAGAACUUACUUUAAGGAUUAUGAUCCGACUUUUCAUUCUUCCGAUAUAAUUGAAACCUCAAGGUCUCGUGACUCGUGGUCAUGGCAUUACUUUACAAUAUAUAACGGCGAAUUUAUCAAAUGCAAUAUUUGUUUUGAUGUAUUCAACCACGAUAUAACACACGGUUUAAAGAUGCAUAUGAGAUCACAACAUUCUGCAAUUUAUAAUAACUCAGAAACAAAAUGGACACAUUCUAAAAUAGAUCACAAAUUAAAAUGCCAUUAUUGUGAUAAGUCUUAUGAACCAAUAUAUCGAACUGAUUAUUUGAUAAACCACAUAAAAAAUAGUCAUAAACUUAAUAAAGAAAUAGCAAAUAAACUCCAAACCUGGGUGAUUGAUCAAUUCAUUAUUCCGAAAUGCGAAAUUUGCAAACAAUUUAGUAAAUACCAUGCCUUUAUAUUUAUGAUACAUUUAAAGAAAGUUCAUGAUGUCAUUGUACCUCAAGAAUUCAUACCACAGAGAUUAUCAAUUAGAUUAAAAAAUCUUUUUGAUUCUUGUAAAAAUGUUGAAAACAUUCCAACAUCAACCAGCAAUAAUCAUCAGCAGCCAUCUAUAAUUAGAACUUACUUUAAGGAUUAUGAUCCGACUUUUCAUUCUUCCGAUACAUUUGACAGAACCUCAAGGUCUCGUGACUCGUGGUCAUGGCAUUACUUUACAAUAUAUAACGGCGAAUUUAUCAAAUGCAAUAUUUGUUUUGAUGUAUUCAACAACGAUAUAACACACGGUUUAAAGCAACAUAUGAGAUCACAACAUUCUGCAAUUUAUAAUAACUCAGAAACAAAAUGGACACAUUCUAAAAUAAAUCACAAAUUAAAAUGCCAUUAUUGUGAUAAUACUUAUGAACCAGUAUAUAGAACUGAUAAUAUGAUAAAGCACAUAAAAAAUAGUCAUAAACUUAAUAAAGAAAUAGCAAAUAAACUCCAAACCUGGGUGAUUGAUCAAUUCAUUAUUCCGAAAUGCGAAAUUUGCAAACAAUUUAGUAAAUACCAUGCCUUUAUAUUUAUGAUACAUUUAAAGAAAGUUCAUGAUGUCAUUGUACCUCAAGAAUUCAUACCACAGAGAUUAUCAAUUAGAUUAAAAAAUCUUUUUAAUCCUUGUAAAAAUGUUGAAAACAUUCCAACAUCAACCAGCAAUAAUCAUCAGCAGCCAUCUAUACUUAGAACUUACUUUAAGGAUUAUGAUCCGACUUUUAUUUCUUCCGAUACAUUUGAAUUAUCACAUACUUCAAGCAAUCUUUUAAGUUCUGGUAACGAUACUGCAACAUCAAGCAGUUUUUAUCAGUCAAUUGUCAGUACUGACCUUACUGAUUCUGAGGAAUGUGUCGAUAUGUGUGAUACAGAAGUGGAAAAGUUUUUGGAGUGUGAUAAAGAAGAAAGUUAUUCAAUUAUCCCGGUCGUAACUCUAUUAUCACAUACUUCAAGCAAUCUUUUAAGUUCUGGUAACGAUACUGCAACAUCAAGCAGUUUUUAUCAGUCAAUUGUCAGUACUGACCUUACUGAUUCUGAGGAAUGUGUCGAUAUGUGUGAUACAGAAGUGGAAAAGUUUUUGGAGUGUGAUAAAGAAGAAAGUUAUUCAAUUAUCCCGGUCGUAACUCUAUUAUCACAUACUUCAAGCAAUCUUUUAAGUUCUGGUAACGAUACUGCAACAUCAAGCAGUUUUUAUCAGUCAAUUGUCAGUACUGACCUUACUGAUUCUGAGGAAUGUGUCGAUAUGUGUGAUACAGAAGUGGAAAAGUUUUUGGAGUGUGAUAAAGAAGAAAGUUAUUCAAUUAUCCCGGUCGUAACUCUAUUAUCAAAUACUUCAAGCAAUCUUUUAAGUUCUGGUAACGAUACUGCCACAUCAAGCAGUUUUUAUCAGUCAAUUGUUAGUACUGACCUUACUGAUUCUGAGGAAUGUGUCGAUAUGUGUGAUACAGAAGUGGAAAAGUUUUUGGAGUGUGAUAAAGAAGAAAGUUCAAUUAUCCCGUUUGAUAAAUAUUAAUGAUUUAUACUCUUUUCUCGAUGUAAUAUAAAACAAAAUAACAUGAAAUUAUAUUUAAUUAUAUGAACUAUUUUGCGAAUAUAGUUUGUUAAUUAUCAGGCAAUUUGUUAGUUAUCAAGUUGCUUUUUUAAAUUCUUCAUAUUUAUAAUUUUUUUACAUUUAUAAUA